AUGGCGUCAACAAAACAGCUGAGCGGGGAGGAUUUCCCCGACAGCAUCGACAGGCUCAAAAGCGAUGCUGAGACCCUACGCCGGGAAGCCCUCGGCGGGCUUGAGGAGCAACAAAAGAAGCUCCGACAAGUCGCACUCAUCCAACAGCAGAUGGGCCGACCUGCUACCGUCAAUGCGAUCAACAUUCACGGUGCCAACAACCUGCGCCGCGGUUUCCUAGACCCCAUCGUCAAACCCCUGGUAGAUUCGGAGAACAAUGUAGCCACAACACUUGGAGAUGUGCUUGGACGAUUGGAAACCGUCACCACCAAACUGGCCCGAUUCGAUCUGUUUAAGAAGGAACCCGAAAUAUGGCUUUCAUCCGCCGGCGAAUCCGACCCACUAGCCGCAGUGACAGACUUGAACAUCGACAUCAAAGUCACUGAACGCGGUCGCCUGAUGCUCAAGACGGGCACUGAUCUGGGUGACACCGAAGGCUCGGCUUAUGGCAAUCUGCUAUUGCGCAACGUCUUUGGCGGUGCCGAGACUCUCUCCCUGAACGCCUCAGCCGGUACCCGAACUCGCUCCGCAUACUCGGCCGUUUUCGCUACCCCCAUCAACAGCAACCCGGACUGCCGCUUCUCGCUCGAGGCCUUGACUUCGGCCACCGAAAAGCCGUGGGCAAGCCAUGAGGAGGUUACGAAAUCCGCUACGGCCCGCCUACAGCUCGUCUCGGCAAGCGGCGAUACGCACAGCUUCGCCGCGGGCGAGGCCUGGAGGCAGGUGACUGGGCUGGCUGGUAAGGCCAGCCCGAGCGUGAGGACCGACGCGGGAGACAGUGUCAAGACGUCGCUGCAGCACAUCUUUACCCGGGAUCGACGGGACAACCCCCUCAUGCCUCAGAAUGGAUAUCUGCUGCGUACCACUUCAGAGCUGGCAGGUUGGGGACCGCUCGGUGGCGACGUUUCAUUCUCCAAGAGUGAAAUGGAGCUCGUCGGUGCUGUCCCUGUCACGCUGCCAGGCUUGAGCAACAAGCACAGCGGCAUUUCGUUUGGUGCAGGAUUCAAGAUGGGUAUGCUCUACCCCCUGCCGCUGGGAUACUCUCUUUCGAGCAGGGCGCUGCCCAGCAGGAUCAACGACCGCUUCCAGCUUGGCGGGCCCACCGAUGUUCGUGGUUUCAAGAUCGGUGGUCUUGGGCCCAGGGAUGGCGCGGAUGCCGUGGGUGGGGAUGUCUAUGCUGCUGCCGGUGUCAACAUGCUGCUGCCGGUCCCCAAGGCUGGACCGGACUCACCGCUGCGUCUCCAGCUUUUCGCCAACGGUGGACGCAUGGUCGGCCUCAAGGACAAGAGUGAAAACAAGUCGACUUCGGGCAUGGAGCCCGGGGCAGUCUUCCAAGGGAUGAAGAGCGCGUUUGGCGACUUGAUUACUGGUCUGCCCAGCAUGUCGGCCGGUGUUGGACUGGUGUAUGCCCACCCGGUUGCUAGGUUUGAAUUGAACUUUAGCCUGCCGCUGGUGAUGAGGAUGGGCGAGGAGAGCCGGAAAGGAUUGCAGUUUGGCGUUGGCGUCAAUUUCCUCUGA